GCAAACAAACCACCAACUAAACAAGAGUUAAACAUCUCUAAAACAACAAUAAACAAAUCAUUUUUAUUCUAAUUUUUUUGUAAUUUGAUUUCUGGAAUGCUAAGAGGGUGAUUGUAAGGUCACCCUCAAUUCCUUCAUCCCACAUUGCUUCAAUUUUCUGCUUGCUUUUUCUACACAUUAAAAAUCAUUCGCUCUCCAAUAUUAUCCUCAGAAAUUACUUGGUUUAGAAGAGUGAGGGAGAGUUAGAGAGAGAGCCUCAGAUGAUCAAUUGCAGCACAAAUUCCACUUGAUAAUCAACCUCUCUUUCUCUUUCUGUGAUCACUGAAGAAAUCAAAGUAAGAUUCCCAAAAAAUGAAGAACAAUAUCAACACAAAGCUGAUCCUUCUCCACCCUUACAUCCAAAAGCAAGGAAGCUCUAACCGCCUAUGGCUUCUGGCCUUCAUGUCACUAUUCACACUCGCCUUCCUCCUCACAAUCGUCUACACAAGCGGCUUAUACGCGUACUCAUCCACCAGCACCACUACAACAACCACAAUCCCCGCCCCCACAAUAACUGCCACUAACAACGCUGCCCCACAGCUCCCCACCACGGUCAUCAACACCCUCCUCCACUACGCAUCAAAAUCCAACGACACGUUCAAAAUGUCGUACGCAGACAUCAAACCCAUCUCUGACGCGCUCCGAAAAUGCUCCACCCCAUGCAACUUCCUCAUUUUCGGACUCACCCAUGAAACCCUACUCUGGAAAGCCCUAAACAACAAUGGUCGCACCGUCUACAUCGACGAGAACAGGUACUACGCCGCCUACAUGGAGGAGAAGCACCCUGAAAUCGACGCCUACGACGUGCAGUACACGACGAAGCUGAAGGAAACGGAGGAGCUGAUCGCCGUGGCAAAAGAGCAAAUACGCAACGAGUGCCGCCCGGUGCAGAAUCUGCUUUUCUCCGAGUGCAAGCUGGGGAUCAACGACCUGCCGAACCACGUGUACGAGGUCGAAUGGGACGUGAUCUUGGUGGACGGCCCCAGCAGCGGCUGGCCGGACGCGCCCGGGAGAGUGAUGUCCAUAUUCACGUCGGGUGUGUUGGCGAGGAGCAAGAAGGGUGGGAACGGGAAGACGCAGGUGUUUGUGCAUGACUUUGGCGGGACGGAGGUGAUGGUUGCCGGGAACGAAUUUUUGUGUCGUGAGAAUUUGGUGGAGGCGACGGAGACGAUGGGGCAUUACGUGGUGGAGAGAAUGGACGAGAGUAGCUUCCAGUUCUGUCGCAACCAAACGACGUCGGUUUGGUCAGCAGCAAAGAAUUCCUCUGCUUCUUCUUCUUCAGCAUCAGCUUAAUUAGUGAUUGAUGGUGUUUGAAUUUGGUGGUAAUAAUCAUCAUCAUCAUUCAGCAAGUGAAUAUUUAUGGUGAUUUUGGUUUUUUUUUUCUUUGGUCUUUUUGUUUUUUUUUUCAUGGGUGGGGGUGUAAAAAUAAUUUUCUUUUUUGGCAAUGCAAGCAAAAUUGUAAUUUCCUUUCCCACUGAAAUGAAAAUAUAAAUUCCAGUUUUCAUGGAAGCUAUUAUUCAA